UUACCAAUUAAACCAAAAAAUUUGAAGUGAGUAAGCUACUCAUCUAACAAUAAAUUUUCGUCGUUCCAAUCAUGUCACAAAGAAGAAGGUUUAUGUGGAGAAAUCCAAAAGAGUCAUACAUCCAUAAGAUUACAAUUACAGAGACCACUGAAGGAGGACAAGAUAUAGCGUGUGUCGAUAGAAUUUCCAAUUUGCCAGUCGAUAUAAUCCGUCAAUUUCUUUUUCGGAUUCCACCAAAAGAUAUAGCCAGAACUAGUGUCUUGUCCAAGAAAUGGCUAAGCAUUUGGGCUUCUCUCUCAGAUAUUUAUUUGGAGAAUGGUGAAAUCGGCAUGCUCUUUCUUCGAAUGACUGUUGAUAAAAGAUCUUCUUGUGAAUUGCUGGGGAAAAGAUGGAUAGAUUUUGCCUUGAAAAAUAAGGUUAAAACGUUACAUCUUGAUAUAAAAGCACUUAAUUAUGGGGAGCCUUUCCGCCUUUUCUCCUUAUCUGGUUUUGCAUUUUCCUGUGCUAUAUUAGUUGUUUUAAGCAUCAAAGAGUGUGAGAUUAGUAGUUCAGUCUCUUUUAUGCUUCCUAAUUUAAGGUCCCUCUUUCUACAUAAUAUCAUGACGGUUGAUGGUUUUGUAUUUGCCGAUUUCAUUGCUGGGUGCCCUCGAAUCGAGGAGUUGAUCGUAGAGUAUUUUCCAGAAGAGUUGGACAUUAUAUUAGUUCCAAAUCCUAACCUAAAAUAUUUGAUGGUGGAAUACACUGCCUUUGGCGGUAAAUUACAAGUAGAGUCCAAAAAACUGGAAUCUCUUGUAUUUUCAUACUUGAGGGUGGAAGUGGAUGAGUAUGUAUUCGAGAUUGCGUCCACCAGUACGGUCAAGAAUUUGACAUUGCAAAAAGUUUAUGUCCUAGAAAGGACAUUGAGCCCUUUUAUCAAUAGGUUCCCUUUACUUGAGAACCUUGUGAUAGAUGGUUGCCGCCUCGAUGUUUUUAGCGGAGGUGUUGGUUUCGACAAUUAUUUGCCACGCCUUUUUAUUUCUCACAAGAAUCUGGCUAACUUUGUGCUGAAGUUACACACCAUUGAUAGCAUUGAUGAGAUAAUAAUACAUGCUCCCAACUUAAAAUCCUUUGAAUACUGUGGUCAACUCACGUCUUUUCCUGGAAUAUGGGCUUCUCGUCAAUUGGAGUUUGUUAAACUCCAUUUAAGACCCAAAGUGCUUAAUACUCGCUGGUACAUUUGGGUACGAAAGAUUUUGGAGUCUUUUGCUCAUGCCAAGCAUUUGUGCUUGAUCUGCCAAAAUGAACAGGAUAUCAUCUUUCCUGAUGAGUUAACCGAGACAUUACUUCCAGCAAUCAAUAGUAUUAAAAAUCUGGAAUUGCAAAUUGAAUCAUCUACUGGCAGUACGAAAAAAAUUCUAGAUGGCUUUAUUUGGAUUCUUCCGGGUUUGAAGACUUUGUCAUUGACAUUGGGUUCCGUUUCAAAAAUCAUUGAGGUACUCGUAAACUCUACUUGGCUUCUUUCAUCUCCCUAAUUCCUAGCUAUUGCUUUUUGUUAUUUUUAGUAUGUCGUCAAUUUUGGCCUCGUUGAACCUUGAACUCAUAGUUAUGCUGCACACAUUUCACAAAGUAGAGUAAUGAGUUUUAUGGGUUUUCUAGUAUAUUGCUUUAGCAUAUGAUUGACAAUGUAAAUGGAAACUUGUUACGCUGGAAUAUGUUUUCAGCUAUUCUAAUUGUGGGUGACAACCUUCAUAUUUUAUAAUUGCAAAUGCAGUUUUACAGCGGAUGAUGUGGAGAUUAUUUCAGCCUUCUGCCCAGAACAAAAACUGGAACACAAGCAGAAGCUAGCAUACAAUGAUUAGAGAGACUAGAUCGAGAGAAUGCUUUCUUGGCAUUACUGAAAUUUUUCUUGUUUUAAACUUCAUUCUAUUGUGAAGUAGAAGCACAGACUUAGCUUGUAGCUUGCCAAACAGUUGAUCCGGUGACUUAAUGAAUCACAUAUUUCAUAUGCAAGAAAUAUAUUUAUGCAGUUGUUUAAAGUGCUUUUAA